GGUCUGCUCGUUCACAUAGGAGCUCCCGGGUAUCUCCACACACGCUGUACCCGUCACUUGUCGGGAGUCCUGUCGUCGCAGGUAUUUUAAGCAACGGUCCUGAGGAGGACCAAGGAAUAAUCAAGGUGAUGUCUUCUACCAGACUCAUUCCCCUAUGGAAGGAUUUUAAAUACCUCCUAAAUGACAUCAUACAUAAAAGCAAGCAAACGUCAGAAGACCCAAAGAAUGAAGUGGUCGUGCUGAGUGACCAGUCCCAGAUACUGUUCAGAGAGUCUCGCCAUCCUCAAAAUAUGCCUCUUAUAUGCUAUUACUUCAGUGAUGCCAACUUCUUCGCCUCCCUCUCUUGGGUGACAAGCACCAAAGAAAUACAGGCUGUCGUAUGGAUGAAGAGCAAAACUGAUGACAUGGUCGAGAAGAGAAUAUUCUCCAUGACUGAACGACUGCCGCCCAUCCAGUGCAUGGUCCACACGGGUUCCUUUCACAUCCUCGUGGCCUAUUGUGGCGACCUGAUCUUGCGGCUCUUUGGGGACCACUUCCGGUCGUUCAAACCCCUGGGUAUAGUGCCCUGCCGCUUUAACAUCAACUGCCUCUGCUAUGACCCGGAGAUGAAGAUGCUUCUGUCGGGCAUCCUGGGGGCAGUGGUCACCUGGAUCAUUGAGCGGAGCGGCAGGGGCCUCCAAGUAGCCCACAUGGUCCCCAUGCCUGGGGAUGAGCUCGUCCAGGACAUCAGUCUGAACGGUCCCAAUGGCUCCAUCCUUGUGCUGUGUGAGACGGUGGUGAGGGUCCUUGAGCGCCAGGGCCAAGGCCAGCUAGGAGAGGUUCAGAGGUUCAUGUCCACCACCAGCGGCUCCCCUAUCACCUGCUGCUUCACCUGCUCGGACCAGGGCUUUCUCUAUGCUGGAAAUAAGAGUGGGGAAAUCCAAGUAUGGAGCAUCGCCCGGGGAAACUCUCUCCACAGAUUCAAGGCCCACGUCUCGGCGGUGAUCUGUAUUCGCAGCCGGCCGGAGGCCCACACCCUGCUCACAGCCGGCAAGGAAGGCCUGAUCAAGGAGUGGAACAUGACUCUGGGCAACCUGCUGCGGCGGCUAGAACUUGGCGAGGCGCUGUGUGAACUCGAGUUUAUUGACAACACUACUUUCUUCUGCCAAACCACCCACACCUUCUCCUUGCGCUGUCUGCCUUGCUUCUACAGCCUCUUCAACGUCUGCGGCUCUGCUCCCCAGCAGCUGCGUCGGGUCCGCUGCGGUGAGAACUGGUUCCGGAUCCUGUGCACUACUGAGGAUGGCUUAUUGCGCUUUGUGUCCCCACUCACGGGGGAUCUGCUCGUCCUCACCUGGCCCUUCUCGAUCCUGGACCGGGCUGUGGAUUGGGCCUAUGACCCAGAAAAAGAGGAGCUCUUUGUAGCAACAGGCACCACAGAGGUGCUGGUGUUUGACACGACCCGCUGCCCUUGCCCAGCCAAGUAUCUCUUGUGCACCUCCCCAGACUCUCGGGACUGGGUACAAUGUCUGGCUUAUGGGCAUUUCCACCUGGGGCGGGGUCUACAAGGACUCAUGUUCUCUGGACACCAGAGUGGGGUGAUCAGAGUGCUUUCCCAGAACUACUGUGCCCGAAUAGAGAAGUUCAUGCACUUUGGAGCUAUCCUGGCACUCUCUACACUACCUGGAGGGCUUUUUGGUAGCCGAGAAAACUCUUUGCUCUGUUCCUAUGGAAUGGAUGACUACAUACACCUAUCAGAAACUGUGCUCGAGGGGAAGCGAGUGCAUUUGAAGACGCUCGCCAGCAUUCUCAGCAGCUGUCACCUAAAACACCUGAUACUCUUACCCACCUCUGUGGGCGCUAUCACGGAGACUAACUGUCUGCGUCUCUGGAAGUUCCAUGAUUUUCUGUCCUCUGAGUCACAAGAAGGCUCAAUGUAUAUAGAGACACUGCCUCUGCACCAGUGUACCAUCACAUCCUUCGAUGUCUGCCUGUCCUUGGGUCUUUUUGUCACAAGGGGUAUUGAUGGGUCUGUCCGGGUCUGGAACUUCCAUGGCAGACUUGUAGCCAUGCUGGAUUCAUCACUGCACUUUGGCCCACUCUGCUUUGCAAACGACCGGGGUGACUUGCUUGUGACUUUUAACCAGAGUCUUUAUCUGGUGUCCUGUCUCAAACUGCUUCACCCAAACCUGCUGGCUCGCCUUUCCUUUAUGAGCAUGCCAGAUGAAGUGCUAGAGGCCCCUAAGCCUUUUGCCCCAAGCUUCUUCUUCUCCUUUGAGACCAUGUUUGUGCCCAAGUACAUCUACCUUGGAAAAGGGAAACAGGAAUUAGCAGGUCUAGAGAAACUUGUCAAUAAGCGGGCCAUUGCCUUUGAUCAUACGGUGCCACAUGUCAUAGAAGAAGAUGAGCAAGGGAGCCCCAUGAUACUGUCUUCCUUCAGACGCGGUUUCUCAUAUAAAGAGGAGACUGUUGGGAUGAAGGUGAGCAAGCCUCCCCAUUAUGUGGUUCCUCCCCAACUACAGUUGUCUACCUGGGAUGGACUCAACCCUUACCAAAUACUGAGAUGCUACUUUGGUCAUGGGCGGAAAUGGCUCUUGGCUCCUGACUGCUACAUCCCCAACUCAGUGAUUCGUGCCCGUCUUUGGCCAGAGGGAAGCCCAAUAUACCUACAGUGCAACCUGCAUUCACCUGUGUGGGAAACGGAAUGGGACAAGUCCCAGCAAUUCUUCUUCUGGCACAGUAGGGAAAAGUCUCUAAGUGAUGAUGCAGGAGAAUAUUCCUAUGAAAAGGAGGAUGACAACUUCAUAGAAAUGAGACUGACCAAGGAUGUAACCUACAGUGUCCUUACAGACUCAGCAAACCGUAGUUGGCUAGGGAAAAAGAUGAGUGAAAUAGCUAUUAAUAGCCUGGUGGAGACAAUCCUCAACAUUAUGAUCCAUGCUUCCCCACUGAAGUACCAAUGCUGCAUUGGUGCCCUGGGACAAAUCUUUGCCUCUUAUGAGGUGUCUUCAUCCCUGCGCUCUGAAACAGCCCGUCGCCUACUGGAUGAUACCGCCAAUUCCAACCCGCUGAUCCGAGAGCUAGCCUGGGAAGGGCUAAAGCGUCUAGGAAUGAUUACUCAUCUUUUUGCCAUGCCUCUGGCCCAAGGAUUGAUGGACAAGGACCAAAGGGUGAGGAGUAAGGCCCUGACCCUCAUACCUGACACUGGAAUCCACUGUAAGUCCUCACUCUUAAGCUUGAUCCAGCACCGAGAGACCUUCCGGGAGAUGCAGCAGGAAAUGAUUGGGGAUGAAUCCCUAGACCAUCUGUUGGGGAUAAGGGCCACAGAUCUCCAAAUACUUCACACUCAGGUGGAGCAGCGAUUGAAUGAAAACCUGACCUUGUCAGAGGGACAGGAAAAGCCUGCUUUUUCUUUAGAGGUCUCAAGGGUUUCUGAACGUCUAUCCCUUUCCAAGCAACCUGACGUAAUUCCUGAAGAAUCUAAAGCUCCCAUCAAGUCUGGCAAAGGCAAAAAGGGGGGCAAAAAGCAUGCCCGAAAAUUGUGGCGGGCCCUCAAGAAGAUGAAAGAGGCUGGCAGACAGCAAGGUCUCUUAGAGGGUGAAAUUGAUGAGAGGGAAGCUGCACCAGUUUCGGUGGAGGAGACAGCCGUCCAUCCUAGAAUCUCUUCGACCAUCAGUGUGUUAAAGAGUUCAAAAGAUGGUGAGCCACAACCUCCAGAGAAAGACACCUCAAAGGACCAUUUUGCAUUGACCCUGAAGACGCUAAGGAAAAUCCAUGAGAGAAAAGGCAAGAAAAGAACAGCGCGGAAACCCAAAAAGAGGCACAAGAAGAAGACAAAAGAAGCCGAAGUUAUAAUUGAGGAAACUCUGGCUGCUGUAAAGGAAGAACCAGUUGUGAAGCUGCUGAAAGCCCAAGGGCGGGGUGCCGCUGGGGCGCCUGGCCGCAAGACCGUCCCUGAAGACAGCUCAUCAUGGCGGGAUGAUCUAUGUCGUCUUAUGACCCUUAGAAUAUCUGGUUCCCAAACACACAUGUCAGAAGCUCUAAACAUGGAGCUGGUGGCCAUGGCUCAGGAGGUGCUGGCAGAUCGACAGCCCAGCUGGGAGCUUUUCCAGGAGAUCUGCCCCUUGUUGGAGGAAAAAAGUGAGGUUCUGCUUGAGGACCUCAACUGGGAUGUAGUCUGGCCAGAGGAGAAACCAAUUUUUAUUCAUGAAAGGGCAAUUAGAGACGACAUAAUAAGCAGAAGGGAAUACGAGAUACCAGAGGUGCAAGAGCAAAAGGAAGCAGGGGACGUGCCAGCUGUGCAGGAAACCCAGGUGAUUCCCAAAAAAGUCAAGAAAAAGAAAGUUCUCUUUUUAGGACCAGGUGGUCUAACCAAGGGAAAACGAAUAUCGAAGAAAGAAGAGAAGAAAUCCUUUAAGAAACCCUUUAAGCAAGAGAGGAAAGAAGUUCAGCAGGAAAUAGAAGUGGAUGAAAAAGAGACAGUGAGCAAAAGAGAGAGGGAUGUGAGCCCAGCAGUAGAGGAAGUGGCCAAACCAGAAGAGGAAGUAGUUAAGCAAGAAGAAAGCCCAGUUAUGGCUGAGAGGAAGCUGUCUUGGCAGGAGUGGAAGAAGUCCUGGGAUGAGUGGAAACAGGCCCAGGAUGAGAAGGUACCCUGGGAUGAAUGGAAGAAAGCCUGGGACAAGAAGCAUCUGGAAGAAGAGGAGAAACAACAAACAGAUGAAAGGAAGCCACUCCCAGGGGAGGAAAAGCUGGAUGUGGACAAGAAGAAGCUGAGAUGGGAUGAGUGGUUAGAGCUCUGGGAAAAGAUAGUGGACAGGUCCAGAGAGGAACACAAACCUGAGGAGGAAUUGACCCUGAAGGGAGAAGAAGUGUCUCAGGAAUGGGAAGAAGGAGAAGAGAAAGAAGAGCUGAUGUCAAAAGAGGAGAGACAGAUCCGAAAGGAAUAUGAUCAGGCCUGGAUUGAGAGGAAACGAGCCCAGGCUGAAAGGAAACGAGCCCAAGAAGAAAGGAAGCUGGCACAGAAAGAAGAGAAGCUGGCACAGAAAGAGAGAAAACUGGCCCAGGAAGAGAGAAAACUAGCCAGGGAAUAUGGGAAACUGGCUCAGAGAGACAGGACAAUGGUCCAGGCAGAGAGGAAGUUUGUCCACAAUGAGGAAAAAUUGGCCCAAAGAGAGGAGAAGUUAAGCCAAGAAGCAGAGAAACUGGCCCAGAAGAGGAAGAAACUGGCCAAGCAAUUUGAGGAACUGGCUGGAGAAGAAGAGAAAAUAGCAAAGAAAAGAGAGAAGCUGGCUGAGGUAAAAAAGAUGCUGGCCCAGAAAACGGAAAAACUGACCCAGAAGGAGCAAGAUCUGGCAUUGCAAGAAAAAGAACUAUCCCAGGAAUUGAAGGAGCUGAUGUGGGAAGAGGAGGAACUGGCUCGGAAAGAAGAGGAAAUGAAUCAGGACUUGAGCGAUCUAGCUGAAGAAGAGGAGGAACUGGCUCAGGAAGACAGGACCCUGGCCUGGCAAGAGCAGAAACUGAGUAAGGAAGAGAAAGCGCUGGUCCUGGAAGAAGAACUGCUGAUUCAGGAGGAGAAGAAGCUGGCCCAGGACAAGGAGAAACUGCCUGAGGAAGAGGAAAGGCUUGCUGAGAAAAGGAAGAAACUGAUGGAGAACAAGUUAAAACUGGUCCAGGAAAAAGAAAAAUUGGCCCAGGACAAGGAAAAACUCAAAAACAACAGGAAUAUACUAUACUGGAGGGGGAAGUCUCUGGCGCAGGAGAGGGAGAAUCUGCUCCAGGAGAAAGUGAGAUUGGCUCAGAGGAAAGAGAAUCUCCUCCAGAUCACAGAAAACCUUGCCCAGAACAAAAAUAAAUUAGUCCAAGCAAAGGAGAAACUGGACGUGUACAAGAAGAAACUUGCUCAGGAAGAGGAGAAGCUUGUGGAAGAAAAGAAAACACUUGCCCAGAGGAAGGAGAAGGUGGAUGAGGCUGAGAAAAAGUUGACCCAAUUAGAAGAAAGUCUGGCUCAGAAGCAGCACAAUCUAGCCCGGGACAAGAUGGAAUUAGCUAUGGAAAAGAGAGGUGUCUUCCAAGAACUGAAAGUGCUCAGAGGAGACUGGGAUAGUGCUAAGGAAAAAAAGGCACUGAGCAAAGAAAUGAAGAAACUGGCCCAGGAGAAGGUCAGGCUGGCUGAGGAAAGCCAAAUUCUCUCCACAGGAGAGACUAAAGAAACCUUAAAACAGUUCAGAGUAACCAAGAAUGAACUAGAACAAAUCAAGAGGAAAUUGUCACUAGAGGAGAAGAUACUGAGGUAUGAAGAUAGGGUAUUGGCCACAAAGCAAAGGGACAUUGCCAAAGGAAAACUGGAAUUUACCAGAGGAGGAAGAGUGUAUGCCCAGGAAGAGAGGAAGCUGGCCAAAGUAGUAAGGAAGUUGAGUAAAGAAAAGGAAGGCAUUUCCAAGGCACAAUCAAAAGUGAGCAGCAAAGUCUUAAAGGCACUUCAAGAUCUUACCAGAGAAGAAAUGAAAGUGAUCCAGGAAGAAAUAGAGAUGACAAAGAUGAAGAGGAACUUCUUGGUUAAGGAAAGGAGAUUGAGCAAGGAACAAAAUAAGCUUGAUGCCAAACAGUGGGAUUUUUCUGUGGAACAACCAGAAGUAACCAAAGAUGAGAAGAAGCUGGCUAAGAAGCAGAGAAAACUGGCCAAGGAAAUGAAAAGAAUGAUAAAGAAAGAGAAAAAAAUAACUGAGGAAGAAAGCAGAUUGGCCAGACAACAGAGAGAAGUCAUACAGGAAGAAGAGAAGGAAGAACUAACAAAGGAUGAAGAGGUAAUACCACUGCUUGAACAAAGGUUGAAAAAGAGAAAAGAGCUAAAGACACUUGAUACACCAAAGGAAAAGCUUCCCAGUCAAGAGGAGAGUAGAAUUAGCCUAUCCAGAGAAAUAGAAAACUUACUGGAUGAAGUAGAGCGAGAGAGUUUGUCUGAGGAAGAGGAGAAAGAGGAGGAGGAGGAGGAAGAAAAAGAGGAGGAGGAGGAAGAGGAGGAGGAGGAAGAGGAGGAAAGGAAGAUGGUGGAGGAGAAGGAGGUAGAGGUGGAAGAGAGAAAGAAGAAGGAGAAAGAGAAGGAAAAGAAGGAGAAGAAGAAGAAAAAGAAAAAGGCGCAGGAGGGGGAAGAGAAGGAGGAGGAGAAAGAAGGGGAAGAGGAAGAGGAGGAGGAGGAAGGGGAGGAGGAGGAAGAAAGCAUGAGUGAAGAAGAGUCCGAAAGUCUGAGUGAGGAAGAGUCAGAAAGUCUGAGUGAGAAAGAAAAGGGGGAAAGCUCUUUGAAAAAAGACAAGAAAAAAGAGAUCUUAAAAACAGGAAAAUUAUUUAAGUCACAAGCAGAAAGACAAAAGGACCGAAGGGAAAGAGAAAUAAUCCCUUCUAUUGGAAAAAGAAUCUCUGAUAUCAGAGACACUGCUAAACAACUAAAAGUUCUGAAAGUCCCUUCCAAGAAAAUAAUAGCUCUGGACACGCAAGAGAAGAUACCAGUGCCAGUGUCUACAAAACAAGUAUCCCCGGAAGAAAAGGCCAGAGCACUUGAGGCAUCCAGGAUGUUUCCAGAGUCAAGGUUUAUGGACAGACAAGGAGAACUGUUGAAGAAAUAUAAGCCCAAACCUCUACAAGUUUUGGAUACAGUUUUGGAGUCCCCAGAACGAGACUUAAAGACUCCAUAUUUACCUGACAUAUUGAGGCAGACCAUGGAAGCUCACAAACUCCAAGGCAAACCACUAGACCCCAAGUUGCAGUGGAUUUUGCAGCAUCAUCCAGUCCUGAUGAGAAAGACUGGUGUACCUUUGCCCCAAAUCUGGGCCAAGGAAGUAGGUGCUCAGGUAGGACUCUCAGAUAUAGACUGGAUCCACCAUGUUCUAGAACGGAUGGAGGCAGGAGAACAGCUUUCUAGGGAGAGUUUCCACAGAUUGUGCCAGCUUCUCAAAGACCUCACCACAAAGGGAAACCUAGAUUGGCUUCAUCUGGCCCAACUUAAAGCCAUUGUGUACCGUCACAGGCAGAUCCUGGAAUCACGAAGCGCACGUAUCUCGAAAUCCAGUAAGGAGUCUCUGGGUCCAAAGUACCCGAAAGUUAUCCCACCUAUAAAAAGAAAGGAAAGCUGGUUAAAACCUUUCAGUGGCCCCACACCAAAGUCCCCAUUAGGUACCAAAGGGAUCCCCACCCCAAAGGGUGUAAACUGGCAUCUUCUAGAAGAGCCUUACAGGAGUGCCUGGGCAGGGCAGAUAUCCACUGCUCUCAAGGAGAUGGAGGUGCCACACUUUCCUCCUGCUAUGGGAGACACUGUCACAGGUGCCCAGGCCUCUGUGGAAAAACAAACCCUUGCCCUGAUGUUUCAAAAAGACUUCUGGGCUUUUAAGGACAAAGGCAGGUUUCCCAGAUUGCCCAAGCUGGAGAAGAAGGCCCAGGACAUCGCUAAGAAGAAGGAAGAGGUUCCUCUCUGGGAGACAUUUGUGGCACUGUACCACGUCUUGCAGAUGUUGCAGCAACGAUAUGCAAAAGACAGCGCUGCUUGGAUGGAACAGUUCCAUCAGCUCGUGGACCUGUACCAGCUUAAGUCCCCCCGAAUCCAGAAGCUGCUGCAGGAGCUGUUACUGAGAGAUGAACCCCAAUCCCAAGAGAUCACCUACGAGGAGGCCCGAAAGGCCAUGGAGCUGGUUCCCGGGGAGCGCUUGUUCUACCACCUGUUUUGUGGUGGCUCUCAAAACCCUAAAGGUCCUCUGGAGUUCCAGGAGGUGGUUCCCCUCCCAGGUCAGAAUAACAUCCGUACCAUCAAUCAUAUGGGUAUUGCUCAGUAUGGGAUCUUGGAACUUGCCUGGAAGAGCCUGCCCCAAGCAGAUAUUCAUCUCACCAAGGAAAUGCCCCACAUCAUUGCUCCCACCCCCUAAUUUGGGACUGACGAGAGGUCAGGACUUUUCAUUCCCACCUGGGGGAAGGCCUUGUCGCCCUAAUCUAGACCCUUAUCCGUAGGGCCCACACAGAGGUAGGGCCAGGCCAAAGCCCUUUUCCUAACUAGCUCCAGAAACCAGCUUCCAUAUGUGGAAUAAAGAGGAGGUUCCUGUUUGUAGCAUCGCUGUAAUGUGUCCCUCUACCUCAAACAUUGCUUCCCCAGAAAG